AUUCCUCACGCCAUCCAUCUCUAUCUCUAUUUCGUAUAUAUACAUAUAUAUAUCUCUACGUACGUGCUCUCUAUUAUUAUUCCAUCAUAUCACACACCCUUAAUAAUUUUAUUCAUCCCCUCUCUAGCAAGCUAUACCAAAAAUAAUAUGCCUUCUUCUAUUCAAGUCCAAAGACUCCCUACUACCAGCACCACCAACCACCCCACCACCGUCAACCACCAAAAACAACCGUCGUCUUCCACAACCACGAUAUCCAGAGUCCCAUCAUCUAUAUCUAUCCCACAAGAUUUAAUCCACCAUCACACACACGCACUUGGCCCCCACCAGUGUUCUUCGGCAGUCAUCCAAACCAUCUCCGCCCCCGUGGCAUCCGUGUGGUCGGUCGUCCGCCGCUUCGACAACCCACAAGCGUACAAGCACUUUCUCAAAAGCUGUAACGUGAUACUGGGUGAUGGUGACGUGGGCACUUUAAGAGAAGUACACGUGGUGUCGGGAUUACCAGCUGGAUCUAGCACCGAACGUCUAGAGAUCUUGGAUGAUGAUCUUCAUGUGAUGAGCUUUAGUGUUGUUGGGGGUGAUCAUAGGCUAACAAACUAUAGAUCUGUCACGACUUUACAUCCGUCACCGACCUGUCACGGUAGCACUGUUGUUGUUGAGUCGUAUGUUGUUGAUGUGCCACCGGAAAACACGAAAGAAGAAACGUGUGUGUUUGUUGAUACUAUCGUCCGAUGUAACUUGAUUUCUUUGAAGCAAUUUGCUGAAAACUUGGUGAAGAGUAAUAAUCAUUAACAGUAAAUAAUGUCAGCCUCAGCUCUAAUUGUGAACAUUAAUUAAUUGGUUGAUGAUCGAUCAUGUUCUGUUUUGUUUUGUUUUUUUUUCAUGGGUUUAAUCAAUUUAUUAAUUCACUCUAGUAAUGAUAUGAUGUGGGUAGAGAUAAUAUAUAUACAAAGUAUAUAAUUAGAGAUCAAAUUUUCGGUGUUUUAA